AUGAGUUCCACAGAAGAUGUUAAGGAGGUAGUCCAAAGUGACUCCUCAAACGACUCUGGUGAAGACAUCGAAAAAUCACCUCGCUUGUCCCCUACGACAUCUCUGCAACCGAACAACGACAGCCCGAGGCCGGUACAUGGCUUUAAAUGGGUCCUAGUCUGUGCUUCUCUCUACAUCGGAGCUCUCAUCUAUGGCCUUGAUACCACCAUUGCCGCAGACAUCCAGGCCGCUAUCGUCGAACGAUUCAAUAAUGUCGAACGUCUUACUUGGGUUGGCACCGCUUUUCCUCUGGGUUCUGUCUGUGCCAUAUUACCUGUUUCUGCCUUUUACCAUAACUUUGAUCUCAAACCCCUCUUCGUUGGAAGUAUUCUGCUCUUUGAAAUUGGUUCUGCGCUCUGCGGUGCAGCACCAAACAUGGACGCAUUGAUUGUGGGCAGAGUAAUCGCUGGCCUUGGAGGUUCUGGCAUCUUUCUUGGUACUCUCAACUUCUUCUCCCUCUUAACGUCUGACAAAGAACGUGGCCGCUAUAUCUCGGGGAUUGGCGUGGUCUGGGGAACAGGUGCUGUCCUUGGCCCUGUAGUAGGGGGAGCAUUUUCCACUUCUUCUGCAACCUGGCGAUGGGCAUUCUACAUUAAUCUUGUCAUUGCGGCGGUGUGUGCACCAGCGUACAUCUUCUACCUCCCGUCAGUAAAACCACCAGGCGCGCCAGACACCUCUGUUUUCGCAAGGCUCAGGAAUCUGGACUGGAUUGGCUUUAUUGGAGGUACUGGAGCAAUGCUAUCCUUUGUGAUGGCUUUAACUUUCGCUGGCUCGAUUUGGGCCUGGAAUGAUGGCCGUACAAUCACAACAUUCGUUGUUGCUGGUGUGCUCCUCAUUCUGGUGCUUCUCCAGCAGUACUUUGUCCUAUUUACCAACCGCCCAGCUCGCAUGUUUCCCCCACGCCACAUUCUCAAGGAUAGCACCCUAAUCCUAUUAAACAUCGUUACUGCCGCGGGUGCGACAAAUAUCUACGUGCCGGUUUAUUACAUCCCCGUCUAUUGCUCGUUUGUGCAUGGAGACUCAGCACUCAUGGCUGCCGUCCGCCUGCUUCCUUAUAUUUGCUUCCUUGCGUCCAUGAAUAUGCUCUCUGGCGCGUUCCUUCCGCGGAUCAGUUAUUACUGGGCGUUGUACUUGUUUGGUGGUAUCCUCAUGACAAUCGGGGGUGCUACUCUGUACACUGUCGACAUCGACACUCGUAUGGCAAACGUCUAUGGAUACAGCGUCCUUCUGGGUGCUGGCACUGGCUUGAUCUUCCAGGCCGGUUACACAGUUGGAGGGGUCAAAACUAUGAUGAGAACAGGCUCUGGCUUGGAUGUCCAGCGUGUCAUUUCCAUGCUCAACCUUUCUCAGCUUGGUUUCCAAAUGGGAAGUCUGCUUAUAGGUGGCCAGAUCUUUCAAAGUCUAGCGAUGAAAAACCUUACUCGUGUCUUGCAUGGCCUAGAUUUCUCUCAAGAGGAUAUCAGGAGUGCCGUUGCAGGAACACAGAGCACCCUAUUUGCGUCUCUGACUCCCUCUAUGAAGUCACAAGCCAUUUCGGCUAUCAUAGAUGCCAUCAGCAAAGUUUACACUAUUAGCAUUGCGGCCGGAGGAAUCACAGUGAUCUGUGCGCUGCUGAUGAAAAAGGAGAGGUUAUUCAAAACAGCAGCGCCGGAUAUGGUCGUUGCAGGUGGAGCUUGA